AUGCGACACCUCCGGAGUUUGAUUCGAGACAACUUUGAAAUCGUCGAUUCGGACAACUUGGCCUCGUUGAUUCGGGCCUGUGGCACUUCCAGAAACCUCUUCCAGGCCCAGCGCAUUGACCAAGCUCUCUUGAAACGCAGGAUCACUUGCGGCGAAGAAUUCAGGUACCUCAGCAAUCUCCUAAUCGAAACUUACGGAAAGUGUGGGAGUUUGAGCGAUGCUUACCGGGUGUUCGCUGGUUUGCAGCACAAGAACAAGUAUACGUGGUCCCUGCUCAUGACAGCGUAUGCCCAGAACGGGUAUCUUGACGAAGCAAAGCGAGCGUUCGAUGACAUGCCUCAGAGGGACAUAUUCUCGUGGACGGUCUUGCUGCAAGCUUACGUCGAUUCCAGCACCUUAGACGACGCAAAGCUGGCCUUCGAAAGAAUCCCCGGAAGAAACGUUGUUUCGUGGACGUGCAUGGUGGCAGGCUAUGCCCAAAAUGGGGAUUUUGAUCGCUGCAAGAAAACGUUUGACACCAUGCCCGUGAGGAACGUCUUCUCCUGGACGGCUAUGGUGGUGGCUGCCUCUCAGCACUGGAGCCUCGACAAAGCUCGCGAAACGUUCCACAAGAUCCCGAGCUGGAACGCCGCCACCAUGAACGCAAUGGUGCAAGGAUUCGCCAGGAACGGACUCCUCCGAGAGUCGAGAGAAACUUUCGACCGGAUACCCGAGAAGAAUGUUAUCUCCUGGACGUCGAUCGUCACGGCCUACAGCCAAAACGCGAGGCUCGACGAAGCAAAGGUUCUGUUCGACGACAUGCCCGUCAGAAACCUCGUAUCCUGGACAAGCAUCGUCGCCGGAUACGCUUGGAACGGACACGGCCAGAAGUCCACGGAGAUGUUUCGAGCGAUGGAGCUCCAGGGAGAGAUCCCGGACGAGAUCUCUUUCGUCAACGUUCUCACGGGGUGCUCGCACGGAGGAUUGUUGAGGCGCGGAUGGAUCUACUUCCAAUCCAUGCAGCGUGACUAUAGCUUGAGUCCCGGAAAGGAGCACUACUGUUGUCUCCUGGAUCUUCUCGCGCGGUCGGGACGCUUGGACGAUGCCGAGGACUUGCUGGCGAGCAUGCCUUUUGAGCCGGACGAGGUGGCUUGCAAGACUGUUCUAGCGGCGUGUGGGAUCUAUCGCGAUCUGGAGCGAGCAAUUAGAGUCGCAGACGUGGUGCUGGAUGACAAUGCCGGAAGCAGCGACUGCUACCUUCUUCUCAGGAACAUCUUCUGCGAAGUUUGA